AUGCAGCAAAACACGGCGGCCGCGGGCUGCAAAGCGCAGCUCAAGGACCCCUGCUUCCCAGCCCAAAGACCCGAUGCGUCCAGCCGUUCAUCCACGUUAGACAGCGAGUCCUACUUUUACGAUACUUGCCCUGGGGGCGACAUGUACCCUCCGGGUAUGAAGAAGAUCCGCAGGUUAUCUGCAGGAAGCAAGCUGUCAGCCUACUACUACAUAGGUUCGGAGCUUCGAGUUUGCGCUGAUUGCAACAAAAAGAGCACGUCGCGGCCCGUGCUCAGGGACAUUAUUGACAGGAGAACCGGCGAACCGAAGGUGCUAAAAAUAAUAUCCAAGUCGAGGCUACCCCCCGGACCGGAAGGACUCGGAAACUGGCGUAUGCUGUGCGAGAAGUUGCUCAACUUCGAGCCCUGCGCCAACAUUAUGCGCGUUGAACAAGUCUGGGAGUCAGAAACUUCGUUCUACGUCGUCACCGAGAAGCUGGUGGGAGGUGAGCUCUUCGAGUUCCUCCUUAAGGAGAAGGUCAUUCCGGAAGAUAUAUGCAAAUACAUAAUGAAGCAAAUCAUCUCGGCAGUUGAACUACUGCAUUCGAGGAACAUGUUGCACCGUGACAUCAAGCCUGAGAACAUCAUGUUCCGUAACCCGACCAACUCCGCACUCCCUGUGCCGGAGAGGUACGAACUGGUUCUCAUCGACUUCGACACGUGCAAAAUGAUGGACAACGCGAACGCAGAAAGCAUCGAGAUUGUCAAUGGCAAGAGGAGACUGGUAGGUACCUACGGUUACCUCGCGCCUGAGAUCUUGAGGGGAGAGGAAUACUCCACCGCCUCGGACAUGUGGUCCAUCGGUAUUGUACUAUAUAUACUUAUGACGGGAGUUCCUCCGGUGUCGAUGGAGAAGAUGUACGAUGCCAAAUCGAGCCACGCCAUGCUCACGGCAGCGGAAACAAAUGGUAUUGACUUCAACAUGCCACCGCUCAUCGAGUUUCCCCUUGCCAGAGACCUGUGCCGCAGGCUGCUGAGCUUCGACCGAAACAAGCGCAUCGCAAACGCCACUGAUGCCCUUGCACACCCCUGGCUCGCGGGUCUUACCAGCAUCUUCGACAGAAGGCUAAAGAUCAAGAACUACUCCAUGGGUAACUCGCAGGACAGGCGUAAUGGACCAUCUGACAACGGGUCAGGCGGCAGCAUUCGCACGCUAUUCGGCAGGAGCUCCCCUAAAAACGGCAGCCAGGACUCUGGAUCGUCCAGCAACAAGGGUGAAGGUGCACGAAAGAUGCCGCUGCUUGAGUGUCAUACGGCCGUCGACUCACCCCGGUGCAAGAAGCGCGCCUGCAUGAUGAGGCAAUCGCCGCAACGGCAGUGCCGGGACUCUCCGCGCCAGGACCAGAUAAUGAGCCCUUCAGCAGCCGUUAUUCUGUGCUGA